AUGGCCCAUGCCGCCACUAAUAGCGUUCACCCAUACCUGUGCUUGUACUACAUUCACAUGCUGAGAUUUGAUGUCAUGACAAUAUCUCUACUAACAGCCUGCGUAUAUUUGCUACGGGUGCCAGCGUCAGCGUUUUGGAUCAACCUCGUUGAUCAUAGAAUACCAUUACAUGGCGUAUUUACAGGUCUUCUGACUGCAGUAGGAACAGCUGGGAUUCUCCUGAUUCUAUCUGUACCACCAAGUUGGAUAACAAUUGCAGCAUUGCCUGUAGCCAUCAUUUCCUCAAUAUUUGAUGGCUUAUUCUAUCAGCCCUUGGAAGUUUUAGUUGACAGCGCCAUUAUAAAGAUAUUGGGUGAUUACAAGAUAUUGUAUGAAAACGAGAGGCAAUAUGGUAAAUGGGUGUCUGCUAUAAUGACGCUAGGCAUUGGAUGGUCUUUGAACGACGACCAUGAUUUUGAUACUUUGAUGGUUACUAUUUUGAUCGGAUCCGUCAUUCUAUUUCUACUUUCUCUGUCCACUACGGUGCAGGCUGCUGACCCAAGCCUAUUGGGCAUAACCUGUAACGAAGUAGAUGAAACAACGCCUUUAGCAAAACAUGCUUUACAGCGAACAAAUACAUCCAGCUCUUGUGUCUAUUACAAGCCAUACAGUUUAUUCGGAGAGCAGCUGUCUCAUAUCUCUGAAGAAGAUGCAAGCAUGUUGCAGCGCAUGACAACAGCCAACAAUUCUGUAUCCAUCAAACCACUACCAAGGCCUGCUAGUGUUUGUAGUGGAUUGUCGUAUCUUACAAACACCACGACACAUUUACACAACAAUCAGCAUAUACCUGGCACUGCUGCACCUGCUGCAGCUACAGAAUAUGAGGAUUCUGCUUGCUUUUUCCAUCCGACUCUACCAUCUACAAUGCAUUCUGCCUCCUAUCAACACCCUUCCCAAUACAAUCCUUACCAGAUCAACUAUGAAUUGGGAAACUCGCCGCCGUCAUUCGAAUUAGCUAGACUUCCUUAUCCUCCAGCGCAAUCUCCUGCUGUUGUAUUGAUCACACUUAUUCCGGGAUACCAUCAAAAUCAAUCUUCACAUCAACCUACAAAUCAAAUACCAAUCUCUGCUACAGUGGUGGCUGAAGAUGAUUAUUACCAUCAAUGCAGCCUUGCGACACAUCAUUACCAACAACAGUCUAAAUGGAUACUAAAGUCAUUCAUAUGCUCAACUCUUUGUUUGGGUAUAGUAUUUGGAAUGACCCAAUCCUUGCUUUACAUACAUUUACACGACAACCUAAAGUUUCCUAUGCAUCUUAUUGGUGUCGUUGGCCUUGCUACGAUAUCUGCAGAUAUCUUGGCAAGCAAAUUAGUGAUCAGGAUUAUUCAAAACUUCUCACUUCCAGUGAUCAUUGGAAUGGCUCAUAUUAUUCUGGUUUUAUGCACAUUAACCUACACGUGGCUGCAACCUGAGGUUUUCUCUACGAAGCUGAUUGUCAUUCUUCUCCAAUUCUUGCAAUGUGUAUCAUUUCAGUUUAUAUGGCUAUUAGCAGCACAUCAAGUAGACUCUGUUAUCUUGACUGAUCGUAGAAGAAUGAUGUUGAAGGGCGGUAUGGCUGCUCUGUAUAGUAGUCUAGGUCCUGCGAUAGGCGUGCUAUUUAUGGGAAAUUUGAUCAAUGCACUCACUGAUGACCCACUUGAAAGAUACACAUCUGUCUAUCAAUAUGCCGCUGGCCUAUCAGCAGUUAGUAGCAUUCUAUCUUGGGAAUGGUCCACAACAAAUUAG